AUUUGAUUGGAUCAACUUUUGCUGGCUACAAAGAAGAAUAGAAUUGGUGCCUUGUCGAAUGUUGCAACUCAACUAUCCACCUACACACAUGUCUUCGGAAAGCGAUCUAUUGAAAAAGAUCCGCCACAACCGCGCAUUGCUGUUACCCAGAUUGGAGCUUUGGAAAACCGAGAUACAAGCGCAAACUAAAGCAGCCAAUGCCAACCCUUCAUAUACGUUAGGCAAGCUUCUCGGGUACAUUGGUGAAGUCCUAAGAUUACCGUCCUCGUACUCGGUCGAAGAAACGAAAUCACCUAAUGGAUACUACUGCAAAAUUACCUUACCUGAGAACUGCACGUUCAUCAAUGAAUACCCCUCUGAGACAGCUAUCAACGCUAUGAUCUCUUCUACCUCGCUGGCCGUGGGUGCUAUCCUUGAAGCUUGCUUCAAACUCGACAAAAAGCCGGAUUCAAAAUCUGUCAAGAGAAAACACCAGGAUAAUAUAAUGGGAGUUAUGGAGGAGAACACGUUAAUGACGGACAUUAUCACACCAACACCAAAUCCACCAGCCACGCUAGCAAAUGCCACGCCUCUCCCUGCUUCCAACGGUAGACCGGCACCUACGGAAGCGACCCUACCAUCAUCAAAGAAAAGAAAAUUCGAAGAGGUUACGGUCGACUCUGAAUCUGCCAUUACGGAAGGCGGUACUUUCAUGGAAAAAUUAAUUGGUGAAGGACCGGAUGGCCAACCGCUCAUUGAUCGAACACACAUGCAAUUGAACUUGAGCGAGUUCUCCUACAGGAGCCUCUUUGCGGCUAUUACAAUGGCUAUGAAAUGGGGUGUCGUUUACAAACAUAAAAAAACAGAAGACCAGCAAUGCGAAUUGAACAUGGUGGUAGACCCGAGGGAUGGCCACUUGCCUUGGAUGGUCUCUGCAGUUCGACCGUCUGAAAAAUUGGCUCGUGAAGCUGCUAUCAAAAGAUUCUUCCAGUUGCUGACUGAUGAAGGUAUCUUUAGAGUCAGCUCAUUGCUACCUCGUAUUGAAGAUAUGAAGGACUAUGUAACUGCUCCACCAAUCUCUAACGGUCCUUAAAGUUGCGUAAACUUUUGGCACUCGAGCAAAUAAGCGCACUAUCGAAAACAAUUUGAUGAAGUGAGCACUUGAUUUUCCAUAUAUGUAAAAACGAAAAGGAUUGGAAAGGAGACUGUCAUUGCACAUUUUGUCUACUCGAUAAGCAUACAUCAGUAUGUUAAAUAUCAAAUCAUUCCGUGUACGUUUCAUAAUGUUCGCUUUUAGCAUUACAUCACGAGAUUUCUUACUCAUUAUUCUAUCGUCGCCAGUGUAUUGUACCGGGAAAAAUGUACCAUUCCAUAUUCCUUAAUGAGAUGCAAGGUUUAUCCUUUACAUAAACAAUUCUAAACUA